UCGCUAUCGGCGUUGUCGAGUCUUUGGGUAACUUGUUCCAUGAGAUCUAUGACCAGCACCUCUGUAGUGCCGACUUCCUGUGUCGGAUAGGACAGUGGCAAUGGGGAAAUAAAUUGGACGAGUAGUCCCGGGUCAACACGGUGAAAUGUGCUCUUUCUGUGAUUUUAACAACAGAUGCUAAAGUGAUAGAAGCAUCUCGGCAGACAUAACUAAAUGCUACACCCAGCAACAUGAGCGGACGUUCGGUAAACCGUUUCACACACUGCCACACCUGGCAAGGAACUUCUUCCAACAGACAAUGCACUGACAAACCUCCUCGCCCUCCAUCUUCCAGCACCAUGCAAGGGCAGCAGGAGUCGUGUCGAGUCGAAGACGGCACCAAGUCGGAGAUCCACAUCUCCAGGACUAGCUGCCCGUGGAGAACCAAGGGACGCAGGAAACUCUACAGACUUGGGUGGGUGUUUCUGGCCUACAUGGCGGCCAUUGUGGUGAUCACUGGCUACAGGGUGGCGGACGGUCGAGAUCGUGUUGAGAGUCUUGAGCUGAAUGGGAGGAGCAAACGUGAGGCAGAUGUUUGGAUAGAAGGUGAAGAUGGCAACAACACAAGGAACUGCACACCUCGCUCCGUGGACAAUUUCCCGCCCAAUUUCUUCAGCCUGGAAGACACGAGAAAGGGCGGGGUGGUUGUCCACAUCGUCAUCGCCCUCUACAUGUUCGCCGCCCUGGCUGUCGUCUGCGACGACUACUUCGUGCCCUCCUUGGAACAUAUAUGUGAAGAUCUCGGCUUGCAGGCGGAUGUCGCUGGCGCCACAUUUAUGGCGGCAGGAAGUUCCGCUCCUGAAUUUAUGACGUCAGUCGUUGGUGUAUUUUUUGCUCAAAGUGACGUGGGAGUUGGGACAAUUGUUGGAUCAGCCGUCUUUAACAUUCUCUUCAUCAUCGGCGUCUGUGGUGUUUUUGCCGGCAUGGUCGUUGAACUGACGUGGUACCCUCUGGUGCGUGACACCGUGUUUUAUCUACUCUCAGUACUCACGCUCUUCCUCGUCAUUCGUGAUCAGGUCGUUGAUUGGUACGAGGCGCUAAUGAUGAUCGUGCUCUACAUGUUGUACAUUGUCAUCAUGUACUUUAACCGGACCCUGGAGAAGAGGGCCAGGGCCUGGGCCACCAAGAUGCUACUCAGGUUUGAGCGUCAGCCGUUGAUGAACAAAUCCGCGGAGGAGCACAUGAUUCCAGAGAACAUGCAGCGUGCCAGAGCUCACAGUCGCAUCAGUAACGCCUCAAUGACGCUGGUCCAUGAUUAUGAGAAGUCCAUGUCCACAGUGGAACAAUCAUCCACAGCGGAACAGGAAACUUCCAUUCUAGGGAACAGCGUGGAACCGACAACACCAUCAGCCUCUUCUUCGAAGAAUGGGGAACUCAUGACUGUAUCUGAGUUUGAAUCGGUUUGGACCAUCCCUGAUGGAGUGUUGAUGAAAAUCUUGUGGGUCAUCUUGUGCCCCAUUAAAGCUGUCUUCUUUGUGAGCAUACCGGACAGUCGGCGGUCCGGGCUUUGGUCUCGACUCUACCUCUUAUCUUUCUUCAUGUCUGUUGCCUGGAUCAGUGGUCUGACCUACCUUAUGGUCUGGAUGGUCACUAUAGCAGGCGAUGCACUAGACAUCCCCGAUACGGUGAUGGGCCUGACAUUACUGGCUGCUGGUACUAGCGUCCCCGACUGUCUGGCCAGUGUUUUUGUCGCGAGAGAUGGUUACGGCGACAUGGCAGUGUCCAACUCUCUGGGCAGCAACGUCUUUGACAUCCUGCUGUGCCUGGGCAUGCCCUGGCUCAUAGAGAGCAUCAUCAAAUCUGGGGACAGCGUGCCCAUCACCAGCGGGGGGUUGACCUACUCCUCUCUCACGCUCCUCGCUACAGUAGCGUUCCUGCUCAUAUCCAUGGGCGUCAACAAAUGGAAGCUGACCAAAGGCUACGGUGUUUUCUGUCUCCUUAUAUACCUCCUAGUGGUGGCGCUGUCUUGUUUAUAUGAACUGAACAUUUUUGGCGACUUUAACCCGCCAUCUUGUCCCAGAUGAAAACAACUAGUUCAAGAGUUUUUCAUUUUUAUUUAUCAACAUAUGUCAUGUUGGGUAUAUAUUUCAAACAACAAUUGUUCAGAGACAAGAUGAUUAUACAAACUGUUCAUAUUAUGUUGGGACUUAAUCACCUACACAAAUCAUGAAACAGAAAACGGAUGUACGCACUUUGUUUACAAAAAAAUUGUUAUGCAUUUUGUUAUGAAUGUUGUAGAUCUACGUAUAUUAUUUGAAUGUUGUCAAUGUGCAAUAUAAAAUUGUGCAACUGGAUAAUUCCCAUUUGAUUACUUUAAUGAAUAUUAAUGCUUUACCUGUUAAAUCUUCAAAAUUAUCACAAAUAUCUGUGCUGAAUGUUUGUAUGGAAGUAAUAGCAUACACUGAAUUGUUAAAUUUAAUUCAUGAAUUAGGAAGUAGGAAGUGUGCUUCAAAGUAUUUAAAAAAUAAAACUUCAUUGCUCUAGAGUUUCACUCUCAGCAAUCUAUGGAUUAUUUCGUCUAAUCGUCUAAGGGCAGGCACUGUACGUUUAUAAUCAAAGGGAGGUAAUAUACUUAACAUUUUAAUAGUUUGUUAUUGUGAACUUAAAUUAAUUUUUAAUUCGAUUAAAUAUACAUUUUUUAUGUGAGUUUAUAAGUUUAAUCUAUAAUAACAAAAUCCUCAAAUAAAGUCAUUACAGUUUAAAUUACUAGAAGCUAUACAAUUUUUUUGUAUCAUGAAUGUGUUUGAAUUAGACAAAUAGGUUAAUAACAUACAAUUUGUAACAUUUCCCAGCGUGUUAGUUAAAUUGUUGUUGAACAUCGACCCAAACAUUAGUUAAAACACCGGUGUAGAAAAACUAGGAAAGCAAAUUAGUUUAAUGUUUUUUAGUUUAACUGUUUUAAUAUUAACUCUUCACUAUAGUAUUGAGAAUAUAUCUAAAUAAGACAGGUUUGUUUAAAUAGUGUUAUUUUAUAAUUCUAAUUCAUAUUCCUGCAUUGCUACAUAGUUUUAAUAAGUUAGUUAGUACUUUGAUGUUAAAAUUCUGAAUUUAUGUUUAUUUUUCUAAGAGUUAAAAAAACUUUUUUUUAAAAAGCAAAAGCUGAUUAGUGCACCUUACUAAAGGUACAAUGUAAGUAGACAUGAUUUUUUCGAAUUUAAUUUUGAAAAGAGAAGUUUUAUUUAUGUUUAAAACUAAUUUGAAACAAAAACACUUUAUAUUGUGAUUUCUUAAGUACAUUGAUUUGUAAU